UCCCCCUCUCGUUUAUUUUAUUUUUAUUUUUAAAAAUUUUCCUACCCACAAAGACCUAAUUCUCUAACAAAGCUCCCUCUCUACCGUCAAUCCCUUACAAUUUCAAAGCAGCUGCAUAUCCUAAACGCAAGUUUUGAAAAAACCCAAAUUAUGCUUUGUUUGUUUUGAGGAGAACAAAUUUUAAUAAAAGUAUGGAAGGUCAGGAUUUAAUUAACCUUCCUGCAUCUAGCAAUUCAAUAUCUGGAAGUGAAAGUGGUGAACUUCGGGAUUUGGAUGAUGGACCUCAUCAAGUGGAAUCUCUACCUACUAAUGCUGAGGCUAAAGAUGGUGAAAUGAAAGCUGAGAUCCUGAAGCUGAAUGAAGGUGAUAUUAGAAAUUCCCAGAGCCAUUUAACUGUGGAAGCGGAGGUAGACAACACUUUUGCUGAUGAUUCAUCCGACAUGCAAAUAAGUGAUGAAAUAACUGAAACUGCGAGAGUUGAAGAGAAAUUGGAUGACAUCAGCUCUGGAGCUCAUUCUGAAUCUUUUACAGUUGAAGAGAAAAUGGAUGGCAAUUCAGUGCCCACCAAAAAGCGGCGUCUUGAUGUUCAAAAUGGAAGUCCCAUCCAGAACCACAUGAUAGAUGGUAUUUCUCUAUCUGGUGUUAAGAGACCACGGAUGACAUUUGAUGACCAGCAACCUUCUGUUCAUAUUGUGUAUAAUUUCUUAACAAGAGCUAGUAAACAGAAGCUUGAGGAACUUUUGCAGAAGUGGUCAGAGUGGCAAGCUGAACAUGGUUCUUCAUCCCAAGAUCAAAAUGAACUUACAGAAUCAGGAGAAGAGACGUACUUUCCUGCUCUCUGUGUUGGUGCAGAGAAGCCCUCUGCUGUGUCAUUCUGGAUUGACAACCAAACAAGGAAUCCGCAUGAUACGGAGUUCAUCCCAUUGGAUAGUAACAUUGUGCCUCUUUAUGAUCGUGGAUAUGCAAUGGGUUUGACUUCAGCAGAUGGUUCAAGUAAUUUGGAAGGAGGCCUGGAGAUAAAAGAUGAUGCUUCGCGUUGUUUCAACUGUGGUUCUUAUAGUCAUUCCCUGAAGCAAUGCCUAAAGCCUCGUGACAAUGUUGCUAUCAACACUGCACGAAAGCAACGCUACAAAUCCAAACGUAAUCAGAAUACUGCUUCUCGCAGUGCAAUUCGCUAUUAUCAGAACUCUCAAGGUGGAAAGUAUGAUGAGCUAAAGCCAGGUGUUCUUAGUGCUGAAACACGACAACUAAUAGGCCUCGGGGAGUUUGAUCCACCACCUUGGCUUAACAGAAUGCGAGAAAUUGGGUACCCUCCAGGAUAUCUAGCUCCUGAUGAUGAGGAUCAGCCAUCAGGAAUUACAAUAUUUGUUGAUGGAGAAACCAAUGAAGGACAGGAAGAUGGGGAAAUUGCCGACAUGGUGCAUCCUGAACCCAAGUGGAAAAUGACUGUUGAAUUUCCAGGAAUAAAUGCACCAAUCCCUGUAGAGGCAGAUGAAAAACUUUGGGCUCCUGGUCCUUCAAGUUCUGAAUUGUCUAGGAGUAGGGCUUUUGCUCCUUCGAGUUCUGAAUCGUCUAGGAGUAGAUCACAGCGUAGAUUAAACCAUUCUUCUGAACCUGGCAGCAGAGGGCAUCAUGAGCUAAGGCAUUUUGGGGAUUUUGCAGAUGAAGGCCCUCCAGGGGUUGAUUCUAGAUUUAGCUCAUCCUAUCCCCCAAGUUAUGGUAAUUAUGAUUCUCCUUACAGUUGUAAUAGUCCCAGAGAUUUUAUUCCAAGGCCACGAAGCCCAACCUUGGGAAGGUCCCAUUCUGAGAGGGGUAGAAGGAGCCCUUUAGCAUAUGAAGACUUUGGAAGUCAUGGUUCUCCUAGCUCUUCACUGCACUCAUCGAGGCAUAAUUCACCAAGAAUUCAUAGCUCAGCCAGAUUUGAAAAUGAGAGUGAUGAAAGAUGGGAUAAUAGCUACCCUGAUUAUUCAUCUCGGUUUAAUAGUCAUCGAUAUCACAGCAGGUGGUAAAUGGCAUCGUUGUAACUUUUGUUUAUUUCACCAGAUUUUAUGAUUGCUUAAUAAUCCACGAGGCCAUGACUCCCCUUCAACCAAGAGGCUGAUUCCUCUCUACUAAACGGUGCGGUGCCAUUUCUCGUUGCUUUGGUUUUAACAUAGCUUGUAAACAUUGCUAAACAGAUGUUGUACACAUGUGAUUUUAUGGCACCAGAAAAGCGGGAGGGUCAUUGUACAAUGAUUUAAAUAGGCCUCAGAUAAAUUUAAAAGAUUUCUUUUCCGGAGAUGUAUUCGAUAUCAUCCUGGGUACUGUUUAUCAAUUUUUUGCCUGCAUCACCAAGUAUACUUAGAGAAGGAAAGUUGCAGUAGAGUUCCAUGAGGAGUGUAUACGGAGAAACAGACUCCAUUGUUUUCUCUCCUUUUCGCUAGAUACUGUAUCAUAAUGUGGACAAGUACUAUGUAUUUCAUGACUAAUAUUUCAAACUUUUCACCUAAAUACAUCAAUUUUUUGUUUUUAGAGGCAAAAAUUUUUACCUUCAAUUUCUU